CACGAGCAGGAACUCAGAAGGGAACAGAGAAGCCGUAAUGUAAAGCAGACAUUUAGCAUGAGCAGUAGCAAGAACAGGAACACGAAGGAGCAGGAGCAGGAGCAGGAGCAGGAACAGGAGCAAGAGCAGGAGCAGGAGCAGGAGCKGGAGCAGGAGCAGGAGCAGGAGCAGGGCCAGGAGCAGGAGCAGGAGCAGGGCCAGGAGCAGGGCCAGGAGCAGGAGAAGGAGCAGGAGCAGGCCAGGAGCAGAAGCAGGAGCGGGAGCAGGACAGGAACAGGAACAGGAACAGGAAGAGGAACAGGAACAGGAACAAGAACAAGUACAGGAAUAGGAACAGGAACAGGAACACGAACAGGACCAGGACCAGGACCAGGGCCAGGACCACGACCAGGAACAGGAACAGGAACAGGGCCAGGACCAUGACCAGGAACAAGAAUAGGAGCAGGAAAAGGAACAGGAACAGGAGCAGGAACAGGAAUAGUAGCAGGAGCAGAAUGAGGACCAGGAACAGGGACAGGAAAAGGAACAGGAAAACAAAAGGGAACAUGAAGGAGCAAGAGAGCCAUGCUUCAGCAUGAACAGGACCGGGAACAAGACCAGGAACAGGACCAAAAACAAAAAAAGAAACAGGGCAGGAAUAAUGAAAACAAAAGAUGACCUGGAGC